UGCAAUAGUUGGAUUAUGGCCAGCUUCCAAUAAUUCAAAACAUCAAGAACUAUUUUCACUGAUUGUUUUCAUCGUAACCGUUACCACAAUCAUAAGUUUUAUUACUAUACCACAAACACUACAACUUAUCAGAGUAAUGGGUGAUUUGAACGCUGUAAUCGACAAUCUUUUAUCUAACUUACCAAUUGCCAUGGUUGUGCUUAAAAUGUUUGAAUUUCGGCGCCACAGAAAAGAAUUGGUGAUUACAUUGUCGUUGGUGAUCGAUGCUUGGAAUGCCAGAAAGACGAAAAUUGAGACGAGAAACAUGAGGGAAGACGCUGCAGUAACUCGUAAAAUAUUGUUAAUCUGUAUGACGUUAGGAUUCCUCUCAAUAGAAGGACUGUUACUUAUGACCAUCGGUCAAGAUAUAGAUAUUCAUGCAGGUCAUGCAGAUAGGAAAUUUCCCAUGAUUAGUUCAUAUUUUUGGUAUGAUAUUAAUUCAAGUCCGGUUUACGAGAUUACGUGGCUCUUGCAAUACAUAGCUACUGUGUUAACCACGAUAGCCCACACGGGAGUCACUGGAAUUUUCAUUGGACUUGUACUACAUUUACGUUGUCAAAUAAGUAAUUUGAGACUACGUUUAGAAAAGCUUGAUAUUUACGACCGUAACAAGAUGAUUAGGAAGAAAAUUGAAUUUAUCGUUAUGAAACACGAAAAUAUUAACAAAUUUGCGAAAGGAAUCGAAAAUAUCUUCAACUUUAUGUUUCUCGUUGAAGUCUUUUCUUGCACUGUGUUACUCUGUAUGCAGUUUUAUGUUUUGGUUACCUUAACUACUAACGAUAGUAAGAAAUAUCCGAUUAUUAGUACUCUGUUACUAUAUUUAUUAAAUGUUGGAGCGCAUUUAUUUGUUUGUUGUUAUACAACUGAUAAACUGCGAGAUGAGGGUUUAUCUAUCAGCCAAUCUGCCUAUAAUUACGAGUGGUAUAAUUUAUCAGUCAGUGAUGCCAAAUUAUUAAUCAUUGUGAUGCAAAGAGCAGGGAAACCGUUACAAAUAUCUGCAGGAAAAUUGUUUCCUAUUUCUAUGCGUUUGUAUUCUCAAAUCAUUAUAACUUCUGUGCGUUAUUUAUCAAUAUUAAUAGCUUUGAGAGACAAAAUAUAA